AGUGGGCGGGAGCAGCCGGCCGCCUCAGCUUCCUCCGAGUGCGACUUUCAAACUCGCGCCCGCGUUGCGUCGGCACCUGGAAGCCCCACGCGCCGUGAGUGCCCGAACCCCGCGGGGCAGCGUCCCUCGGCUCUUUGGCUUGGGAGGGCCAGAAGGGAGUAUUGCCGAUUCCUAGGACCAGAGAGGCAGAGGUGCUUCAGGAGGCCAAUUCCCUCUUGGCCUUCGAGCUGGCUGGGGAAUCUCCCUGGGGUGCCUGCUGUAGGCAGCGAUGCCAGGAUGCCUGUCUCUGCCUCCCUCCGCCAAGGUGGCAGCCAAGAGCGACCGGUGAGCCUGACCUCGACCACCUCCUCCUCAGGCUCCUCCCGGGACAGCCGUGGUGUCAUGGAGGAGCCUAAUGGCACUGAGGCUUCCGCCGAGAAUGGGGCAGGAUCCCCGCGCAGCCGGCAAGCCCCCAACAGCAACAACAACUCCAGCAGCUGGCUGAACAGGAAGGUGCCUCUCUCCCCAUUCAACAGCCGGGCCACGGCAGGGCACAAGCUCAGCUACCUGGGCCGAGUGGUGCGGGAGAUUGUGGAGACCGAGCGGAUGUAUGUGCAGGACCUUCGCAGCAUCGUUGAGGACUACCUCUUGAAGAUCAUUGACACACCCGGGCUGCUAAAACCAGAACAAGUCAGUGCGCUUUUUGGGAACAUAGAAAACAUCUACGCGCUGAACAGCCAGCUACUCAGAGACCUGGACAGCUGCAAUAGUGACCCGGUGGCUGUGGCCAGCUGCUUUGUGGAAAGGAGCCAAGAGUUUGAUAUCUACACCCAGUAUUGCAAUAACUACCCCAACUCCGUGGCCGCCCUAACGGAAUGCAUGCGGGACAAGCAGCAGGCCAAGUUCUUCCGGGACCGGCAGGAGCUGCUACAACACUCACUGCCCUUGGGCUCCUACUUGCUGAAGCCAGUCCAGCGCAUCCUCAAGUACCACCUGCUGCUCCAGGAAAUCGCCAAGCAUUUUGAUGAAGAAAGGGAUGGCUUUGAGGUAGUGGAGGAUGCCAUUGACACCAUGACAUGUGUGGCCUGGUACAUCAAUGACAUGAAGAGGAGGCAUGAGCAUGCAGUCAGGCUCCAGGAGAUUCAGUCGCUGCUCAUCAACUGGAAGGGCCCAGACCUGACCAUCUAUGGGGAGCUUGUCCUGGAGGGCACGUUCCGUGUGCACCGUGUACGCAAUGAGAGGACCUUCUUCCUAUUUGACAAAGCACUGCUCAUCACUAAGAAGCGGGGCGACCACUUUGUCUACAAGGGGCAUAUCCCGUGCUCCUCCCUGAUGCUGAUCGAAAGCACCAGAGACUCCCUGUGCUUCACCGUCACCCACUACAAGCACAGCAAGCAGCAGUACAGCAUCCAGGCCAAAACAGUGGAGGAGAAACGGACCUGGACCCAUCACAUCAAGAGGCUCAUCCUGGAGAACCACCAUGCCACCAUCCCCCAGAAGGCCAAAGAAGCCAUCUUGGAAAUGGAUUCCUAUUAUCCCAACCGGUACCGCUACAGCCCAGAGCGGUUGAAGAAGGCUUGGUCCUCUCAGGAUGAAGUGUCCACCCACGUGCACCAAGGGCGCCGGCAAUCUGAACCAACCAGACACCUGCUCAGGCAACUCAACGAGAAAGCAGCCAGAGCAGGAGGAAUGAAGCAUGCGGGCAGUGCCAACACUCUCCUGGACUUUGGGCAGCUCCCCCGUACUCGGGGCCUGCAGCCAGAGGCUGAAGGGGCUGCCCAGGAGGAGCAAGAGGAGGAGGAGGAAGUGGUGGAGGAAGAGGAGGAGGAGGAGGAAGAGCAGGCCUUUCAGAUCUCUCUGGAGGACCUGGCUAGGCAUGAAGAUAUGGAGAAGGGGGCCGGGCCGGAGCCCCCAGGCUCAGAGGAGGAGGAGGAGGAAAGCCUGGCAGUGGCGGAGCAGGUAGCCGACUUUGCCAGCUCCCUGCUGGCCGCCCUCCACUGCUGGCACUAUCGAGCCAACGCUUUACUUUUCUCCCGGGGCGCUAUGGGGAAGGGGCGCAGUGAGUCUGAAGACCCCAAGGGCUGCAGAAGGCCCAGCAGCCAGUCUCCGACCAAUGCUGAGAAGCGCAUGAGCUUUGAGUCAGUCUCUUCUCUGCCAGAGGUUGAGCUAGACCCUGAGCCUGAGGCAGAACGGGAGGUAUUUGCUGCUGUGGAAGGUCCCAGCACCGAGGAGAUGCCCUCUGACACAGAGUCUCCAGAAGUGCUGGAAACACAGUUUGAUGCCCACCAGGAGCUGCUGGAGAUGGACCACGUGGGUGACAUGGUGGACUUUGUGGUAGCUGAGAGCUCUGAGGACCUUAAGGCCCUGAGCAGUGAGGAGGAGGACGACAUGGGGGCCAUCCAGGAGCCUGAGAGCCUCUUGCCGCCUUCUGUGCUGGACCAGGCCAGCGUCAUUGCUGAGCGCUUCGUCAGUAGCUUCUCUCGGCAGAGCAGCGUGGCUCUGGAGGAUGGCAAAUCCAGCGGCUUCACAACUCCGCAACUGGUCAGCCGCAGCAGCAGCAGCAGCAUGCUCAGCCUUGAGGGCAGUGAGAAGGGCCCGGCCCAGCAUGGCAGCAUCACCGACUCACUCACCUCCCAGCUCCCCUCAGAAGUGGACACCAGUUUGGGGGUGGCUGCAGAGAGUAGCCCGUCCAUCAACGGGACACAGCCUCCAAGCCCAGGCUGCCCAGCUGAGCCUGACCGGUCCUCCUGCAAGAAGAAGGAAUCGCUGCUCUCCACCCGAGACCGGCUAUUGCUGGACAAAAUCAAGAGCUACUAUGAAAACGCGGAGCACCAUGAUGCAGGUUUUAGCAUCCGGCGCCGGGAGAGCCUCUCCUACAUUCCCAAAGGGCUGGUGAGAAACUCGGUCUCCAGAUUCAAUAACCUUCCCAGGCCAGACCCAGAGCCCGUGGCUCCGCUGGGACACAAGAGACAGGCGGGGUCCCGACCGGCUUCAUGGGCACUGUUUGACCUCCCAGGACCAGGCCAGGACCCAGCCCCCCUCACAGAUGCUGAGUUUCGUCCAUCUUCGGAAAUUGUGAAGAUGUGGGAGGGCAUGGAGUCUUCUGCUGGGAGCCCUCAAAAGGGGCCCGGCCAGGGCCAGGCAAACGGCUUUGACCUACAUGAGCCGCUCUUCAUCCUGGAGGAGCAUGAACUGGGUGCCAUCACAGAGGAAUCCACCACUGCUUCCCCAGAGAGCGCCUCUCCCACCGAGCGGCCCAGCUCAGCCCACCUGGCCCGGGAGCUGAAGGAGCUGGUGAAGGAGCUGAGCAGCAGUGGUCAGGGGGAGCUGGUUGCCCCCUUGCACCCCCGCAUUGUGCAGCUCUCCCAUGUGAUGGACAGCCACAUGAGUGAGCGUGUCAAGAACAAGGUCUACCAGCUGGCCCGUCAGUACAGCCUUCGGAUCAAGGGCAACAAGUCAACAAUGGCCAGGCCACCACUGCAGUGGGAGAAGACAGUUCCUGAGAGGAAUGGGAAGAGCUCCACCAUUCCCCACCUGCAGGAGGGGGCUGGAGAGCCGUUGGGUGACAAAGGUAAGAGAAAGCCCUUGCUGUCCUUUCUCAGCUACGAGCAGAUGAUGGCCCAGGAGCACAGCCCUCCUAAGCCCUACUCUGCCAGGGAGACUUCACCACGGCGUUUAUCCUUUAGCCCCUCUGCUGCCAGCCCCAGGACCACCUCGCCUGGGAUCCGACCCUCAGGCCGAAGCCCUCUCAGCCCCUUAGACACCGAGACCUUCAACUGGCCUGAUGUCCGAGAGCUACGCUCCAAGUAUGCCUCCCACAGCGAGGCACUCCCGGCUGAGAGCAGCCGGCCCCGCGUUGUGCCUGUCAACCGGAGCCACUCAGUGCCCGAGAACAUGGUGGAGCCACCCCUGCGUGGCAGGGUGAGCCGCUGCUGGAGCCUGAACACCAAGAGGGGCCGGGGAGAUGAGGCGGCUGCCCAGCCCCAGCCUCCUGGGUCGCCGCUCCGAGAUGGGCUGGGUGGAGGCGAGGCCUUGCACGUCACCGCGGAUCUCAUCCUGGAGAACAACCUGCGGGUGAUUGUCAUGGAGAAGGGGCCCCAGCCUGAGGGGCUAGAGGAGGGCGGUGGGCAGGGACUGAGCUUGCUGGCGGCUGGGUUGGGACAGGGCCAGAAUUUGCAGGAGUCUGCAGAGUAUCUGCCAAAGGAAGAGGGGCCCAGGGACCCUGCGGACUCAAGCCAGCAGGGCAGAGUGAGAAACCUGAGGGAGAAAUUCCAGGCCUUGAACUCCAUAGGUUGACUAUGACUCUUCAGGGGAAGGAAAUGGGGAAGAACCCCCACGUACUUCCUCACAAGCCAGGGUCUUCUUGGCUCACAUGAGUCCCCACCCAGGGCCCUCGGAAAGACUAUCCCCUGUACUCUCUCCUGAAGAACGCAUCUGUGUCCAGGUGUCCUCUGCAGGUGUCUGUCCUCACCUGCUGCCUGUGCUAUGGGUUGGCGCUUUCCUGGGGCUUGGGACAACUUUCCACAGGCCCCAUGAGCCGCUUUUCCCCUCCAAGGCCAGUGUGGCUGUUGCCCUUGUAUAUAGUUCUUCGGUAAGAAGCCAAAUAUUUAAGCUCGCCUCUUCCCAGGAAGAGAAAAGCACAGCUCAGGCCUCCAGUGUUGGCUGGCCACUGCCAGACAGAGUGGCCCACCCAGGGGAGGCUUUGCUCUUUAUCUGUGCCUUUUCUUAGGAUCCAGGCAGGAACGAGGCCAAUAAUUUAUUGCUUUCUAUUCUGUGGUAUGUUUGUGCACCCAUGUGCGUGUGUGUGUGAGCAUGUGCUGCUUCUCUUGUUUAUUCCUCUCCUGUUAAGAAUGUAAUUGACUCAGUUCAGGUACUUUUGAGGGUUGUCUGGCUGACCCUGUGGUAGUUUCUAAUGUAUACACAUUUCAUUAUUUGCUGAUGGUGCAAUAACCACUGCUGACCAACUGA